AUGUCUUCCUCCUCCUCUUCCUCUUCGAGGUCAUCGUCACCCAACAGAUCUUUUGCAGAGAUCGCUGCUGGUGCUGACUUGGGCGACCGCUCAAAGGUUACACCGCAGCAUGUGAUUGACAAGUUCUGGGGCAAAUUCACCACCAAGAACCCGGGCAAGGCUACAACCGUCAUCCCCUCCAACACCUACAUCCAGGCUGCUGCCAAGAGAGGCAACAGAGUGACCGCCAGCACCACAGAUGCUUCUUACGAAGAGGCUGCGGCCACGUGCCGUGCCAAGGUCGAAAAGAUCGUCAAGGAGUGUCGUCGCAUCAACAAGAAGUAUCGCGACCCUCACUUUGACAUUGAGGCCGAUCUCAAGUUUGGCCAGAAUGACUGUCUCCAGUCUCUCUCAAACGUCGAGGACUGCACCCCAGGUCUUGACAUGCAGCCUCAGAGCGUCAAGCGUGUCGGUGACAUCUUUGACAAGCCCUGCUUCUACAUUGACGGACCUACUACCAGUGACAUUAGGCAGGGCCGUAAUGGUGACUGCUGGCUCAUGGCUGCUCUUUGCACUCUGAGCAACAAGCCUGGUCUCAUUGAGAGACUUUGCGUUGCUCAUGAUCAAGCUGUCGGUGUCUAUGGUUUCGUCUUUUACCGGGACGGCGAGUGGAUCUCGGAGAUUGUCGACGACUAUCUCUAUCUGACCAAGCCCGACUAUGACGAGAGUUACCUGGACCGAGUUCUGUUUGAUAAUGUUGAACGCCUCGACCCAGAGGAGGCAUACCGCCGGAUCUACCAGUCCAACAGUGGCUCUCUCUACUUUGCACAGUGCCAGCACCCCCAGGAGACCUGGCUCCCCCUUCUGGAGAAGUGCUAUGCCAAGGCCCACGGAGACUAUGCCGCCAUCGAAGGUGGCUAUGGUGGUGAGGGUAUUGAGGAUCUGACUGGAGGUGUCAGCAGCGAGCUCUUUGCCAAUGAUAUCCUGGACAAGGAUUACUUCUGGAAUGAGGAGCUCCUCAAGGUUAACAAAGAGUUCCUCUUUAGCUGCUGGACUGGCGUCUGGGGCACUGGCUGGGGUGACCGAAAGGGUAUCAUCGAGCUUCACGCCUACUCAAUCCAGAAGGCUGUUGAGAUUGACGGAAAGCGUCUGCUCAAGCUCAAGAACCCCUGGGGCAAGGGAGAAUGGAACGGCCCGUGGAGUGAUGGAUCCAAGGAAUGGACCCCCGAGUGGCUUACCAAGCUCGACCACCGUUUCGGUGAUGACGGAGACUUUUGGAUUUCGUAUGAGGACCUUCUUAGAAAGUACCAGUCCUUCGACCGAACCCGUCUGUUCACCCCUGAGUGGCGCGUCACUCAGGUCUGGACUACUCUCUCCGUCCCCUGGGCGCUCGACUACCACGACACCCACUUCUCCUUCACCAUCACCAAGCCCGGUCCCGUUGUCAUUGUUCUGGCUCAGCUUGACGACCGAUACUUCCGAGGUCUCGAGGGCCAGUACCGCUUCGAGCUGACCUUCCGUGUCCACAAGGCCGGCAAGUCUGACUAUGUUGUCCGCAGCCAGACGCCCUACCGGAUGACACGAUCCACCAACGUUGAGCUUGAGCUUGAGGCUGGCGACUACGAAGUCCGCGUCAAGAUCAACGCCACUCGCAACGAGUCAGUCUUCCCCAUUGAGAAGGUCAUCAAGCAAAACGCCAAGUCCCGCCGUGAGAAGCUCCUCCGCAUUGGUCUCACCUAUGACCUCGGCCACUGCAAGGGCAGAUUCGUCGAAACCCCCGAGGAGAAGGCGGCUCGCAAGGCGCACGAGGCGGAGCUUAAGAAGAAGAAGAAGGAUAGAAUCAGGAAGAAGCUCCUCAAGGACCGAGAGGCGGCCCACUACUUGGCCACCAAGGAGUGGGCGUGGGCAGAGCACAGGCGGCUGAAGAAGAGGGAGAAGGCCAAGCUUAAGGCGGCUGCGAAGAAGCUCAAGAAGGAGGCCCGAAAGGCUGAGAAGGCCGCUGCUCGAGCUGAGAAGGCUGCCCUGGAGGCUCAAGCUGCUGCUGAGGCCGCAGAGAAGGAAGAGAAGGAAGCCGAGUCCACCGACAAGACCGAGAAGGUAGAGACCACUCCCAGCUCUGAGGAGAAGAAGGUUGAGUCUAAGGAAGAGGAGUCGAAGCCACAGGAGCCUCUUACUCCCGAAUCUACUGCCGAUGAUGAUGUCGAAGAGAAGGACGAGGAGAAGGGUGACAACGAGGAGGAGGCCAAGGAAGAGGAGAAGGAAGAAAACGAGGAAAAGGCGGAGGAGGGAGAUGACGAGAAGGAGAAGGCCGAGGAGUCCGAGUCCGAGUCGGAAGAGGAGAGCGACACCGAUGACGGCGCCGCCUCUAGCGUCGGCUCCUUCCGUGACCUUUCCGAACGCGAAAUCCAGAUCGCCGUCGACGCGUACACCGGAGACAUUCCCUCCGACUCAGAGUCCAGUGACUCCUCCUCUGACUCUGACACCAACGAAGGCGACGACGCCGAGAAGGACCCCUGGAACGCCGUCGUGGUCGCCGGCAUCCGCGUCUUCCACAAGAGCCUCGGCGACGACGAUGAGGACGGCAGCUCCCUCAACCUCAAGGUGAUCCGACCCAUCACCUACGGCAAAGACAACGACAAGGUCGACGUGGAGAACAAGGGCAAGUCGACAAAGUGCAACACUAAGGUUCUGGACGUGGACGACAGCGCCAAGGAUGCUACGCUCAUUGGGGACAAGAAGGAGAAGAUCAGGUUCAUCAAGGGAGAGGGACGUAGGACGUUUACGCUGUAA